CCGCCCGCUCCUAUGGGGUCUUCUGCAAGGGGCUGACCCGCACGCUGCUCAUCUUCUUUGACCUGGCCUGGCGGCUGCGCAUCAACUUCCCCUACCUGUACAUCGUGGCUUCCAUGAUGCUCAACGUCCGCCUGCAGGUCCAUAUUGAGAUCCACUGAAGACCGUCCACCGACUAGCACAGGUGUGCCCGCGGGCGCGCCGCACCGGAGAGCACAGCAUGAGGGGCAGGCGCGGGGCCCUGGGCACCUGCGGCGCGGGAGCGCGGGCAGAGGACGGGGACGAGCCGCCACGCAGCCUGCGGACGCGGGAGCGCCCUCGCCCGUCUGGCGCCCCUUCCCGGGCGAGGAAGCCUGCAGCAGAUCUGCGUGGAAACCCGCACAGUGAGAUGUCGCUGGUGGCAGCGAGGAGCGACCGGAGCGAGGCCAGCCUCUUGCCCCACGGGGGCACCGCGGUGCGUCCGUGCGUGGAAGCAUCGGUGAGAAGGAGUCGUGCUUCCCCCGUGGCUCAGAGCGAGCCCGCGGAGGAGCGUGCUGCCCGGGGCUCCUGUGGCGGCAGAGGUGCCCCGGUGAGGGACCGGCUGGGAGGAGGGCCCGGGGCCGCUGAGGGCCGCGGAGGAGAGCCACGGGGGUCGGGACUGCAGUGCCGUGAGACGCCAUCAGGAGUGGGAGUUUCUGAGGACGAGCCAAGUGCUUUCCUCGAGGCGAGAGGCUCUGAGUCAGAGCCGUCCGGCCUGCAUCCUGUCCUGUUGCCACCGCCCCGGCACGCGUGUCCCCGCGUGGCCCUGAGUGACGGGGCAGAGUGCGCUGCCCCCGGCCGUCCGGAGCCCGCGCUUCCGGAGCCCACGGAGGAGUGCAGGAAGGUGCUUCCCAGUGUGGAAAGCGCCGCCGCCGACCUGCAGGUAACACUGGGACUCCCGGCUGCGCGCGCUGGUCAGGUAGCAGAGCUGUCACGCCGCCGUUAAGGUGCAAGCCGAACAUUGAGAAUAGAGUGAUUUUAAAAGUUGGCUUAGGACGGCCUUCCCAUGAAGUCGGAUGCAGGCGGCACAGCGGGGGCACUCCCGCCCUGGUUCGUGCGUCCAGGCGGACUUCGGGGAGUGGGGUCUGAACUCACGGAAAGCCGGCCGACGUGGAGGGCAGCUCUCGAGCAGGUUUUAAUUACUUGGCUCUUGAAAGACAUUCAGGACUGGGAGACCAUUCCCAGGAGAAGAUGACUGUACCCCCCGCCCCUCCCACACACACGAGAUUAGACCAUAAAGAGUGAACACGACGCCCCUUACGGACCCUCAGCGCCCGUUCUGGGGGCGGCCGCCGGACGCUGUCUCCAGGUCGUCUCGUCGUCCGGCGGGAGCGGGUGCCGCAGACGCCAGCCCCUCUGUGCUUGCUCUGAGCCUUGCUGAGUUGAUGGUGCACUGUGACUGUUUCUGCAUUUUGUGGAAUCAUUUUCGUCCGCAGCAAACUUUGAUUUCUGUUCUCACCUCCCUUUCCUACCACUUGAAAUGCAGUUUUAAUGGAGGCCGUACGGUGAAAGUUGCAAUAUUAAACUUAGCUUUAGAAUAAAAAACCCUUCUCGAACGGUGUCACCAGGAACAGAAGUGAGUGUGAGACUCCAGUUUCUAGGAACCGAGGCGUCUCCGACACUAAGGUUUUUCUGGGAUGACUCCUCCUUUGUUGUUUGUCGGUAACUGGUGAAGGUCACCUCCCAGUGUCCGUUUCCGAGGAGUCCCGCGGCGAGACAGCCGAGCCAGGACUGGAGCGCACACGCCGGGUCACGCCGCUCUGCGCUGUCGCGGUGUUCUGGGAAAAUGAAAAAUAAAACCUGCCGUUUAGCAUAAUAAAUGUCUUAUUUUAUGUGUAC